CUUCUUGAUAUUUACAUCCUGUGUGCUCCAAGAAUAUAAAAAUAAUACUAGGUGCUCUCCAAUGGCUGCAAAACCAUCAGCGACGCUCCUUUUCUCUUCUAUAUUUUAAAGAAAAAACACCUUCUUUCAACAGCCUUUCAAUGGAUUUCAUCAGAAUUAGCAUCUCUUCAAUCCUUUCUUGGAUUCCCUUAGAACAUGUUCUUUGAUAGCCAAAUCACCAAAGUUGAACAAAAAAAAAAGAAAAUCUUGUUGAGUUCUUGAGCUAAACGAGAGGAGGAGGAGAAUUGUUUUUCGUUUUUCAAAUAUGGAGGAGAGGCAUGUUAUUUUUGGGAAGUACGAAAUGGGGAGGCUUUUAGGGAAGGGAACUUUCGCUAAAGUUUACUAUGGGAAACACUUGGUGACAGGAGAGAGUGUGGCAAUCAAAGUCAUAAGCAAAGAUCAAGUCAAGAAAGAAGGGAUGAUGGAGCAAAUCCAGAGAGAAAUCUCAGUCACGCGUCUUGUUCGUCAUCCCAACAUUGUAGAGCUCAAGGAAGUCAUGGCUACCAAGACUAAAAUCUUCUUCAUCAUGGAGUAUGUUCGAGGAGGAGAGUUGUUUGCCAAAGUAGCCAAAGGAAGGCUGAAAGAAGAAGCUGCUCGAAAAUAUUUCCAGCAACUAAUCAGCGCAAUUGAUUAUUGUCAUAGCAGAGGUGUUUAUCAUAGAGAUUUGAAGCCAGAGAAUUUGUUGCUUGAUGAAGAUGAGAACUUGAAAAUCUCUGAUUUUGGCCUGUCAGCGUUGCCUGAACAAUUUCGGCAAGAUGGGCUUUUGCAUACCCAGUGUGGAACUCCUGCGUAUGUUGCCCCAGAAGUCUUGAGAAAGAAAGGCUAUGAUGGAUCGAAAGCUGAUAUAUGGUCAUGUGGGGUGAUUCUUUAUGUGCUUCUUGCAGGAUUCUUGCCAUUUCAAGAAGAGAAUGUUAUGAAGAUGUACAGGAAAGUUUUCAAGGCUGAAUAUCAGUUUCAGCCUUGGUUUUCAACAGAUUCCAAGAGGUUGAUUUCAAGACUUCUUGUUGCUGAUCCUGAAAAGAGAAUCACAAUUCCUGCCAUAAUGAGAAAUCAUUGGUUUCUUAAAGGGUUUUCUAGACCAAUGGCCUUUUCUGUCCAAGAAUCAAACAUGGAUAAAACAGGACAAGAACAAGAUCUUGAUUCUUGUUCUGUUGUCAACGCCAAGGUAUCAUCACCAGAAUUCUUGAAUGCAUUCGAGUUUAUUUCCUCAAUGUCAUCCGGCUUUGAUCUGUCAAGUCUCUUUGAGACUAAGAGGAAAUCAGGCUCAAUGUUCACUUCAAAAUUUUCAGCGAGUGCUAUCAUGGAAAAAAUUGAAGGGGUUGCAAAGGGGCUGAGUUAUAAGGUGGCAAAAGUCAAAGAUUUCAAGGUGACGUUACAAGGUCCAUGUGAGGGAAGAAAGGGGAAGCUGGCAGUGACGGCGGAGGUGUUCGAGGUGGCACCGGAGGUUGCGGUGGUGGAGUUCUCCAAGUCUUCCGGAGAUACCUUGGAGUAUAGUAGGUUCUGGGAGGGAGGUGGUAGGCCUGCACUAAAAGACAUCGUUUGUACAUGGCAAGGAGACAAUGUUUGUAAUAAAGAUAACAACAAUAGUCAUGUAGAAGAUCGUGAAAUUAAAAAGUUGUAGAAAGGCUUUGAUCUUAAUUUGGUGAGUUUUAGGAUUUUAUAUAAUCUGUAAAUAAGUUUUUGUUAUUUAAUUAAUGCAUCAAGUUGAGUGUUUUUGUUAA